AUGGAGACAUCUCUCAAGGAAUUGGUCAAGCUCGAGAAGCUGGCCUCAAGCUCGGGGUCGGCCAAGGGCAAGUCCCCGUCUGUUGACGACUCACUCGACUCGCUCCUACAGACUCUGAGGGAGACGAAGGAGAGCAUACAGUCUGGCGCUGCGUCUCAAGACACCUUCAGUUUGUUGUCAAAGAAGGUGGAGUCUACGAAGAAAGACGUUGAUGAACGACAGAAGGAGGUCUACAGCUCACUGGCACGCUUCGGCAAGGCUCUGGAUAAGGCUCUUGAGUCUGUCUGUUCGCAGAGAUUCACGGCACCGCUUCCCUCGUAUCAGCCGAUGUUCUCCUCGCCGGAGGCCGCUACUGCUCUCGAACGGACGAUAGCCGCACAUUUCCUGCGCACUGGCCAGUUUGAGACGGCCGAGACCUUCAUAGAGGAAUCCGGGGUGGAAAUUUACCCUGAGCUACGUACGCACUUUCUGGACUUGCAUGGUAUCAUUACCGCCCUCAAGGCAGGGAAUAUCGCGCCGGCACUUGAAUGGACUAGCCUUAACAGGACAUUCUUGGAAGCACGCUCCUCGCCUUUGGAGUUCUACCUGCACCGUUCACAGUAUAUACGCCUCCUGCUCUCGACACACCCUCCAAACGUGCCGACCGCUCUGGCAUACGCGCGUGCGAACUUCGCGCCUUUCUACGCUCGUUACGACGCGGAAAUCAACCGGCUCAUGAACUGUAUUAUCUAUCUGCCAAUCGCACGGCUGCAGACGUCACCGUACGCGGACCUUGCUUCUCCAACGCUUCAUCUGGACCUGGAGCCGAUGUUUGCAAAGGAGUACUGCGCUAACCUCGGCAUGGGCCGGCAAGUACCGCUCAGGGUUGUGGGUGAUAUUGGCGGCGGCGGCGCGCUGGCCCGCAUCGAAAAGGGCCGCAAGGUGAUGAGAGAACGCAAGAGCGAGUGGAGCCAGUCAGACGAGCUCCCGGUUCGUGCAAACAAUAACACUCCUCCUAUCGAGAUAGCUUUGCCAGUCGAGAACCGUUAUCACUCGGUUUUCGCAUGCCCUGUCUCGAAGGAGCAGUCGACGGAGCAGAACCCCCCGAUGAUGAUGAACUGUGGGCAUGUCAUCACCAAGGACAGCCUCCAGAAGCUUAGUAAGCCCGGCGGGCGGGUGAAGUGUCCCUACUGUCCCGAAGAGUCCAACCUGUCGACCGCGUUGCGCGUGCAUUUUUGA